UGGUCUGCAAACUGCCUCCAGAUUCGAGUUACUCACAGCCGACCGUCGGUUCGCUGCCCCGCGCCUCCAGACGCGACACCUACACACCCACACAAGCAGACAGACACGCUCGCCCACCCACCCAGCCAGCCACCCACCCACCCAGGCAGGCAAACAACACGCCCGGAGGAGGGUGCGGGUGGAUGGGUCGAGGAGGCAGGAGUCCAUAGCUGCCAGCUUCUAUGUUGGUCAAUCAACUCAGGUGGUGAACGACGAAGAAGCCGGGGCACUAUGGGGAAGUGACUGGCUUGCUGAUCGGCAGGAAGGAGCAGGGAGGCCUAAGAGCUGCUUUGGGAGCGUAGAUGGUCUGGCCCUACUUAGGCCUACCCUUGUGGGGGGGGGGGGGAAGCCGAAAAGUGGGGCUGUGUGGGAGGAGCGCAGCUGGACGAGGGGACAAGGGAUACGUUUGUUGGCACGGGAGUCGGGAGGGGGGGUGGGAAGGGUGGGUAGUCUGUAUGUGCAGUGCUCGGCGCUGGGGGAGGGGGGGGCUUCCGCGCGCGACGUAGCGUGUGAGUGGCGCAGGUGGCAUUCCUUCCUGGCUUCAGGGGCCGAUCUACCGCGCGCACGUGCAGCUGCGUGCGCGCGGAAGCUCUGCGCCUACCCGGUCGGGGCUGAUUGGGCCGUUGCCGGAGUUCCUGGUCCAGGAACAGAGCUACAGGGGCGGAUGGGUGUGGCUGUGGGAGCGGCGCUGACGCCGCUCGGACCUUCCGCGACGGUCGCCGCCCAAUCAGCGCCCGUGGUCGCCGGCAUUCAGUCCUCCAUGGCGAUCCCCUCCUCCUCGGCCUCCUCCUGCAGCAGCAGCUGCAGCGGCAGCGUGCAGCUCUCCGCCACUCCGCCUGCACAGUGCGCCGGGUCUUCUCAUCUGGGCUUCGCCUCUUCCGACAGUUUGCGCACGUGGGAGUCGUCCUUUCUGUCGGGAUCCGGACAUGCCAGCGGGGCUCACCUUAGGUCGGCACACUCGGCAGCUUCUCCUUCAACCUCGUCCCCCUCCACGUCCAAGCCCGGAAGACCAUCGCAGCGGCGACCGGCCGGCGUUGUCAUCAUGAUGGCCAAUCCAGCCGAAGGCAAAGGGAUAUUUGCUCCCAUGGUAGUCCUUGCGAGGAACAUUCUGGGAAAGAAGCAAUUCAAUCAGCUUAGAGGGAAAGGGAUAGCUCUGCAUUCUCAGGUAAUAACCGAUUUCUGUAAAUCUAUUGGUGCAGAUGCAAAGCAGCGCCAGGGUUUGAUUCGACUCGCAAAAAAAAAUGGCGAAAAGCUUGGGUUCUUGGCCUAGUCGUGAAAGUACAUUGUCGUUGGGAGAGAACAUAUGGGGGAUACCAUUGAUGAAUAUUGCACGGGCGAGGGAUUGCCGGCCUGAGCUGACGCGAUGUGUGUGAUUGCCAUACAUAAAUGCAAGGGUAUGGAGUACUAUAGACAGGUGGACGACCAAGAUCCGUGCGGCUUCUGUGGGCCACAGUACCGGCGACUGCAUGCAGAUUUUGCUUUGUUCGAGUACGCUAUAAUAUAUAUAGUCAGGCAGAGCUGCCUACGGUAAACCGGCGGCAGAGAGGGAGGGAGAAGGAGAAGAGGACAACAAACGAGGGGCUGUGACAAACUGUUUCGUCGGAGUUUCACCGACCCAUCAGGAGGCUGAACCCUCUAUUAUAUAUAUUGUCAAAUAGAACCGCCCUGUACACCGUCGGCAGAGAGGGAGAAGAGGAGGACAACAAACGAGGGGCUGACCAUUCAGAGUGAUCUUUGUUUCAUGAAGUACUCCCAACAUAUGACAUCGUCAGUCGUACUCUGGAGGAGAACGCAAGUUUUAUCUUCCAUAUUUAUGCCCUCCUCCUCCUGAUGCCCGCGCGCUCCCUUCUUCUCGUACUCGAGAAGCUUGCCACUGCUCUAUUCCCCCUUGCCCCUUACUUCAUGCCCGCUCUGCUCUUUAAGUUGCGAUAGAGGUUUAGACUAGGGCAUGUAGUCAGUCCCCUCCUCUCCUCCAGCUGCACCAUAUCAUCCAGCUAAUGGCUAGCAAUUCCCAGACAUUCCUGGCAUAAAAAUGGCGAGCGCGCAUGCUCCUUCGGAAGUGGAGGUUGGUUAAGGAAACCGCGCACCAAUCGAUAUACCUGAACGAGAGACUUCUAUAGGUAACUGUCCUUUUGUGUUGACGAGGAUCAGAUUUUCAACUUUCAGAUUGUAUCAGAUUUUCAACUUUCAGAUUGUAAACAAAGUGUUUUCUGCUUU